GGACGGGCGUGGGGAGCGGGCAGCGUGGGCACCACAUUGGAGGCCCUUGGUGCCCAAGAAGCACAGCGGCAGCCUCUGCCUCCCAGACGCCUGGACGCUGCGGGGGAGCGCCCUCUCCCCCUUGGAGGGACCAGAGGCAGACCCGGGGCAGCCCGCAUGGGUUCCUGCGCCGGGGAGGAAGGCGGGGCCCCGGGCAUCCCCCCGCUGAGGCCCGGCGACCAGUUCCACCUGUUUGUGAGCUACAGCAGCGUGGACGCCGUGUGGACCCACGGGCUCACCGGCCGCCUGGAGGCCGAGCUCCCGGGGCUGAGGGUGUGCCUGCACGAGCGGGACUUCACGCCCGGCAGGAACGUGCUGGAGAACAUGGCGGGCUGCAUCCAGCAGAGCCAGAAGGUGCUGCUGGUGCUGAGCGAGGACUUUGUGCAAAGCCGCUGGUGCCUCCUGGAGGCCGACCUGUCGCUCGUGGGCUCCUGCCUGGAGAGGAAGCCGGUCCUGCCCGUCCUGCUGCGGCCCUGCCGGGUCCCGCUGCAUCUCAGCCACCUGACCUACCUGGAGGCCACGGACGGCCGCUUCUUCCAGAAGCUGGUGCAGCUCCUGUGCACCCCCAACCAGCGCCUGGCGCGCCCCCCGGCCCUGCGCUCGGCCCCCGCCCUCUACAGUGGGAAGGCCCUGCUGACCCUGGACUGCAUCAACAGGGACAGCCUGUCCUCGUGGGAGGUGGGCAGCUUCAGCACGCUGGCCGUGCCGGACGCCCUGAAGGAGGUGCUGGAGGACCCCGAGCUGUACAAGCGAGCCGUGGGCAUCCUGAACAGCGUGCGCUCGCCACGCUGCUUCCUGCGUUACCUGGGCUGCAGGGUCAUCCUCGCCAUAGCCCUCAUGCUCCUCGCUGUGGUUUCGCUCUUCUUACCCUUGGUCUUGGGGCUGCGUGAGCUCCAUCCAGCUCAGCGGCUCCUCGUGAUCAGCGCCAAUGUAUUUUUCUGCCCCUUUUUCGUGAUCUUAAGCGUCAACACCCUGUGCUGGCUCCGAAGGUCUUCCAGGAGGACCCUGCGGGAGCUGGCGUGCCGCGUCGGGGAGGCCAACCUGCUGCUGGCACCGCACUCGGUGCUCGUGGGCUGCGAGACCAAGAACAAGCUGUACUUCGUGUACGUGGUGCUGGGCGACUGCAAGCGGGCCUUCCUGGGCGCCCCCGAGGGCGAGGCCGCGUUCCAGGAGGCCAUCCUGCGGUUCUCGUCCAGCUAUGCCUGCUGCCUGGCCCAUGCGCACUUCCCCCACUGGGAGGAGGCCGCGGGGGCCCCGGGCCACCUGGAGGUGGGCCUCUGCUUCUGCCAGUUUGUGUCCCUGCAGCUGAGGAGACUCGGGGCGGUCGGGGUGAACCCCGUGUGACGGUCUGAGGGCAGAGGCAGGGCCCCUUGCUGGACACCCGGCCACCCCUGGGGGUCCCUGCAGACCGGGCUGCCCUGGGCAUUGAAGGCAGAUUGAACGCAGGAGGAGAAGGGGAAGACAGAGGAUGAGAUGGUUGGAUGGCAUCGCUGUCUCAACGGAGAUGAGUUGGAGUAAACUCCGGGUGUUGGUG